CACCUAAUACCAAAUCAAAAUCAUCGUUUUCAUUUACCCAACAGUUUUUAUAAUUUUCUGGCACGUCCUGCUUGUUAACUUCAGUCGAUAUAUUUGAAGUCACGUCUUGCUUAUUACGUGCACGACUUUAUUACGCUGGUGCAAAUAAAUUAAAGCAGCCGCAAAUUUCGUGAAUGCCUGGUUCCGGCAAUUACUUUCUAAGAAGUCGAGCGUCAGGAAGACAGGACAACAGUGAAAGCGAUUCAUCGUUUGAGAGCACAGAAAUGGACGAGACAAACCAGCUGGGCCCAGCCGGAGACGGUCAAAUAAACGCCAUUAUCGCGACAUUAAACGCCUUAAGAGCAUCGGUGGAAGAACUGAGGAACAGCACCGUCGAAAGCCAACGAGAUAUAAUAAGGUUGCGCGAGAACAUUCGGCCACAGGAAAUGGGUGAGCAAAACGUGACAAUACAGCCAGCACCACGCGAAUCGAGCAUAGUCGCCAUGCCAUCGACAGAUUCGACAGUCAAACUCUACGAUUUGCCCACGUUUGCCGGUAAUGCGGAAGAAUGGCCGCUGUUUUUUGCCAACUAUAACGACACCACCGAGGCAUUCGGAUACAGCCAUCGCCAAAACUUAAUGCGACUACAGAAGUGCCUUGUAGGCCCUGCAAAAGAAGCAGUGGCAGCGAUGCUAAUUCACCCAAACGAUGUGCCAAACGUUUUAAGUGAGUUAGAAUUUAGGUUUGGUCGGCCAGAUAUUCUAGUUAAACAUCAGAUACAAAAACUACAGCAGUUUCCGCCAAUCGUCGAGCAGAAACUGGAACAGAUUGUGCCAUUUUCGUCCAGAGUACGCAACGUGGUAGCCUUCCUGAAAUCCGCAAAAUGUCACCAGCAUCUAGCAAAUGUCUCCCUGCUAGAACAAAUGGUAUGUAAACUACCGCAAAAUAAGCAGUUUGACUGGGCCAAACAUUCAGUCACCAUUAGACCGUAUGCAACUAUAGAAGACUUCAGUACGUGGUUGAGCGAGCUAGCCAGAGUCGUGUGCCUGAUGCCAACUACUACACACAGUACCAGAACUAAUGCGCCAUCUGGUAAUCCUCGUCGUGUAAUGCAUAUUCAGGAGGAAAGAGCAGAGGAAGCAGCAAAAUGUCUUCAUUGCAGCGGUGAUCAUCCUAUCCUGAAGUGCGCUUCGUUCAAAGCCGCAGACGUGCAAGCCAGAUGGGAAUUUGUGAAGAAUCGCCAGUUGUGUUUCUCCUGCUUGCGAAAGGGUCACAUUACUGGAAAAUGUCGUUCAAGGAAACUGUGCGGCAUAAACGGAUGUCAGCGUUAUCACAGUCAUCUCUUACACAACAAUGAAGUUCCACUCACAACAUCGCGCCAAAUCGCUCAAUGUGUUAGAAGUGUGCAGCCCGUGUUAAACUGUCGCCUCGUUCAUGGAACGUCCAAGCAGCUGUUCAAGAUGUUGCCUAUCAACAUUUACGGACCGAACGGUAAAUACGAAAUUUUAGCAAUGUUUGAUGAGGGUUCUGCCAUCACAAUUUUAGAGGAAGACAUCGCCAGAAAGAUCGGGGUUCGUGGCCAGAGUCACCCCCUCACGCUUCAGUGGUAUGACGACCGAGUGGUAACUGAACAGUCGUAUAAAGUCAACCUAGAAAUCGGAAACAGCGUUGGCAACAGGAGGUUUACUUUGAAGGGCGUGUACACGGUGAGACAUCUGAACUUGCCAGAGCAGGCAUUCGCGAAGGGAAACUUCGAACACUUCGAACAUGUGCCUUUGCAAAGCUACAGUAGUAUGAAGCCGUCAUUGCUGAUUGGCCUAAAUCAAGCAUAUUUAGGCGCCACCACAACUUUAAUACAAGCUGAUAACGAGAGUCCCAUCGCUGCCAAAACGCCACUGGGUUGGGUCGCCUAUGGACCAACCAAAUCGCCACUAACGUCAAAUCCUCGAGUCAUGGUUAUUAAGGAACAUCAACAACUACAUAAUUUGGUUUCUGAGUAUUUUGCAUCAGAUAGUUUCGGCACCAAUCCGACGUCGGCAAAGUUACAGUCGGAUGAAGACAAGCGAGCGCGUCAUAUACUAGAAACAACAACUACACGACAAGCAGAUAAGCAUUAUGAAGUUGGACUUAUUUGGAAACGGUUUCCGCCGCAACUCCCAAGCAGCAGAGAAAUGGCAGAACGGCGUUUAUUAGCGAUUGAGAAACGUAUGCAUCAGGACAACGGAUUUGCUGUCCGCUACAAGGAGGAAAUGGCUAAGUACGUGGAAAAAGGGUACGCCAGAAGACUAACCGACAAAGAAGUUAGCGCAUCACAUCCGCAUAUUUGGUACUUGCCGCAUUUCGCGGUUUUCAACCCAAACAAGCCAAGCAAGCUGCGUAUCGUCUUCGAUGCAGCAGCGACUGUCAAAGGCGUGUCUCUGAACUCAGCACUGUUGAAGGGCCCCGAACAGGCACAGCCAUUAAUUCGCCUUCUGCUACAAUUCCGUCAAGGUCAAAUUGGGGUUGCGGCGGAUAUACGCGAGAUGUUUUCGCAAAUAAGGGUUAAUCCAACCGAUCAACAUGCUCAACGUUACUUAUGGAGACACGGAGACAUCCACCAACCAAUUCAAGAGUUCAUGAUGACGUCGAUGAUCUUCGGGGCUGUUUGCUCGCCCUGUAUCGCCGAGUACGUGAAAAAUCAAAACGCAGAACUUUUUAAGUCGGAGUUUCCUGAAGCAUCGUCAGUUAUCAUUAACAAACACUACGUCGAUGAUCUGGUUGCCAGUUUUGAGUCACCAGAGCGAGCCAUGAAAGUCAGCCGUCAAAUCAUUCAAAUCCAUCGCGAAGCAGGGUUCCACCUAAGAAACUUCGUCUCAAACUGCACUGAGUUGGAAGAAAGGUUGAAUGAAUCGUCAUCAUCAGAGCGAGAAGCAGUUAAUAUGGAACGUAAUGGUACGACGGAGAAAGUUCUUGGCCUAUACUGGAACACCGAAGAAGACACCUUUCAAUUUAACACCAAAUUUCAUCGAGUGCCCAAAGAUGUGUUGAACGGAGCACGAGCUCCUACAAAGCGGGAGCUGUUGCAGAUAGUGAUGGCAGUCUUCGACCCGUUCGGUAUGUUGGCAGAUUUCUUAAUUUUUUCUAAACUUCUCAUUCAAGAUAUGUGGAGGUGCGAGGUCGAUUGGGAUGAUGCGAUGCCAGCGGGGCUAAGCAGAAGGUGGUUACCUUGGUGGGAAGAAUUCCAUAACGUGAAGCUGUUUAAGAUGCCACGAUGCUACUCUCCACAUAUCCUGAACAAGUGUAGAGUUGAGCUACACAUAUUUGUCGAUGCGAGCCAAGUUGCGUUUGCUGCGGUUGGGUACGUGCGUGUAUCCUACAGAGACACAAUCGAUGUUAGUUUCGUCAUGGGUAAAACGCGGACUGCACCUACUAAACUGAUGUCCAUCCCAAGACUCGAGCUCCAGGCGGCAGUAUUAGGUACAAGAUUGCACAAAUUAAUAGUCAGCGCUCACGAAUUCACAGCUGAACGUAUAGUUUUUUGGAGUGACUCACGUACUGUGCUGCAAUGGUUGUACUCCUCUGAGCGAAAGUACAAGGCAUUUGUAGGCCAUCGCAUUGCCGAAAUACUUAGCUCAACCUCGCAAGAACAAUGGCGAUGGGUACCAACAUGCCAAAAUCCCGCAGAUGUUGGCACACGUGCCUCCAAUCCACCGAAGUUUAACUGUGACAGCAGGUGGACAAAAGGCUCCGACUUUCUAAAGCAGGACGAACAGUAUUGGCCUGCCAUGUCAAUAACACCGUCAACAAUGCUACUAGAGGAAAUGCAGCCUGACCGCCUGUUAUGUAUGCAGCCAAGCAGCGUGAUUAUCGAGUUCGAGAGAUUUAGCUCAUACAUGAAGCUAAAACGAACCUUAGCCUGGGUUCUUAGAGCGAUAAAUUUAUUUCGAGUGCAUACAAAUACCGGAGGAGCGCAUUUACCUUCGCAACUUUCAGCAGCAGAGAUCGAGAAAGCCGAACACACAAUAUGCAAGUUGGUACAACAGGAACAUUUCGCAAAUGAAGUCGCAGAUUUGACUGCGUCACGUACGCUCACAAAAACUAGUCCGCUUUAUAAGUUAUCGCCAUAUGUAGAUGAAAGUGGCAUUCUCCGCUUGAGUGGUCGCAUUGACGAAGCAGCGUACUUGCCCCUGCAAGCACGCCGACCAAUUCUAUUGCCGCAAAAACACAUCGUCUCAACACUGAUCGUUCGACAUCAUCAUGCGAAAAAUCACCACCAGAACUUGGCAGUAACGAUCAAUAGCGUUAGACAAAAAUUCUGGAUCCCGAACUUAAAGUCGCUCCUCAAAAGGGUUCAACGGAGUUGUGCUGUUUGCUGCAUCGAUAAAGCAAAACCCAAACCACCUUUGAUGGGUCAGCUGCCUUCCGACCGCGUAACACCGUUUGUGCGCCCGUUUACCUACACUGGCGUCGAUCUAUUUGGACCAUUAGAUGUUGCAAUCGGAAGACGCAGAGAGAAGAGAUGGGGCGUCAUAUUUACUUGCCUCACGGUACGAGCUGUGCACAUCGAGCUGGCGGAGAACUUAUCGACCGACGCGUUCAUUUUGUGCCUCCGCAACUUCGUGAAUCGUCGUGGUACCCCGGCGAGGAUUAGAAGCGACAAUGGUACCAAUUUUAUAGGCGCACAAAAGGAACUGGCAUCCGCUGAACACCUGCUGGACACAGACCGCAUCCGAGCUGAAGCCACUAAGCACCAUAUCGAGUGGGUAUUCAACUGUCCAGCAAAUCCUAGUUCCGGUGGUUGCUGGGAGCGCUUGAUAAGAGUCGUUAAAUCGCUUCUUAAUAAGACGCUUCGAGAGGUGGUGCCAAGGGAACAUACGUUACGAAGUGUUCUCAUAGAGGCGGAAAACAUUAUAAACUCGCGUCCUCUAACCGACCUGCCUAUAUCACAUGAAGAAGAUGAACCGCUCACGCCGAACCACUUUAUAAUGGGGUGUGUUAACUCGACACAGACGCCUCAUCCCGUCGAUGAAAAAAUAUGCCUCAAGAGACAGUGGAAGAUUGCUCAAAACCUAAAGGAUCGCCUGUGGAAACGUUGGACUACAGAGUAUUUACCGCAGUUGUUGUGUCGAACUAAGUGGCACGAAGCAGUGCCUCCGCUACAAGUCGGAGAUUUGGUCAUUUUAUUUGAGUCAAGCUUGCCCCGCAGGCUGUGGCAUCGAGGCCGCAUAACACGAGUCUUCCCAGCUAAAGACGGUCAGGUACGAGUGGUGGAGGUGAAGACCAGAACUGGACUUCUGCGCAGACCAGCAUCCCGCCUAGCCAGGCUUGUGGUUGAGAGUGAAUCCCGGAGUGAUUCACGGGGGGUGGGGUGUUAGGUCGCCCUGUGGCAUUUCAUUGCUUGUUUCAUUUAUUUAUCACAAGCUGAACGGGACUCUUAUAUACCUCGCCGUUACUCGUUUUAGAAUAUAAAGCCUGAAGUUAGGGAAAACAUUUUUGUAUUAGUUUUUGCAGACGUGCCAGUCAACACAAUUAUAAAACAACCAAACCAACCAAGCAACUAUGUAAAAUUAAUCGGGUUAUAAUUAAAGUUUUAUUCACCUAAUACCAAAUCAAAAUCAUCGUUUUCAUUUACCCAAC